AUGUCGGAUUCUGAAUCAGAACAACAUGAGCCGUUUGAGCCACGGGUGCAGUGGAAGUUUCUUCUGCGGCAGAGUGUGAUUCCUGAGAAGCUGCUGGGAUGCCUUGGGUCGGCGAUUUCUGGUAGUGAUCAGCAAUGCCUUUGCGGGAAGCAGUGUUUCUGCACUCUGGUUCGCUCUUUGAUUUCUUUGGAUGCAACCUGCAGCAGUGCGCCGCUUUCCAUCUUGAGAUCCGGGGGCAAGGGCUACGGUCUUUUUGCUCAGCGGGCUAUUGCUGCAGGCUCCUUCGUGACAGAGUUCACCGGUGAAUUGGUGAAGGUUGCGGCUGAGGGCGAUCUGGGAUGCUAUUCCAUUCCGCUGCGGUGUGCACCUCACUUUGUACUUGAUGCAGGCGCUUGCGGCGGGAAGGCCCGCUUCGUGAAUCACUCGUGCAAGCCGAAUUCUGCAAUGGUGGAGUGGCUGAGCUCUGCGAAACUGGAUUGUGCUCCCGUCAUUGCCCUGACAGACAUUCCGUCCGGGCAGGAGAUCACCAUAGAUUACAAGGAGCGUUCGAGCUUCGGGUGGGAUGAGGAGCAGCCUUGCUUGUGCGGGAGUUCUCCCGAAUGCCAUCCGCCGCAUCGGUUGCUUUCAUACGGGACGGUGCGGUCAUGA